CUCGAUUACAGAACAGCACCAUCGCACAACUGAAUGAAGCUCUUGCUUAGGUUUUUCUUUUCACUUUCCUCCCCGUGAUAGGAAAAGUCUUGAAACAGACUUUACUGCGCUGAAAAUAAUCCUCUGUGACCAGGCGGGGGCAACCAGCCAGGAAGCCACAGCUCAUUGAGUCACCGGCCAAACCACAAGUUUCCGGGGGACGUUUGGCAUGCCAAGUGACAAUGAGCAGCGUAUGACACACAACAUCUGCCUGUCCCCCCCCAGAUGCUCGUCGGACUUGCCCGGAUCCAGGCCCUGCGCAUCUCAAGCUGCUCCAACAUUUUGAGCCUCAUGAAGCGCAAGCUCCAGCAAAUCUCAUCUCCCCCACCAGCAAGCCCCUCGUCUCCGUCCAAGAAACUCACCGUCGCGAUGCCUGCACGCCCCAUAUCCACCUCCAUCACCCUCACCGCGCGCGAGGAGCAGCUCAAACAGCUCCUCCUCGACGCCGCCAAAUACAUCGACGAGCAGGACCUGCACCAGCAGGGGCCGCCGCCGCGCGAGCCCCUGGUCCUGCGCUGGGCCGGCGGCUGGGUGCGCGACAAGCUGCUGGGCAUCGCGUCGCACGACAUCGACACGGCGAUCAACGCGAUGACGGGCGAGGCCUUCGUCGACCGGCUGCGGGUCUACUGCGACGAGCCGGCGCACCGGGCGCGCCACGGGCUGGCCGACGGCGACGUCGGCCGCCUGCACACGGUGCCGCGCAACCCGGACAAGUCGAAGCACCUGGAAACCAGCACCAUCCGCCUGUGCGGCCUAGACGUCGACUUCGUGAACCUGCGGAAGGAGACCUACACGGCCGAGAGCAGGAACCCCGUGGUCGAGUUCGGCACCGCCGAGGAGGACGCCCUGCGCCGCGACGCGUCCGUCAACGCGCUGUUCUACAACCUGCAUACCGGCCAGGUAGAGGAUUUCGUCGGCGGGCUGAGGGACCUGGAGGAGGGCUUGCUUCGCACGCCGAUGGAGCCGCUGCAGACCUUCCUGGACGAUCCGCUGCGGGUGUUGAGGCUGAUUCGGUUUGCGAGCCGGUUGGGGUUCCGCAUUGAUCCGGAGGCCGAGAGGGUCAUGGCGGACGAGCGGGUGCUGGGGAGGUUGCGGGUCAAGAUCAGCAGGGAGAGGAUUGGCGAAGAGUUGGAGAAGAUGUUGAAAGGUCAGCAACCCGUGGAGUCGCUGCGGCUUCUCGACCGACUCGGGCUCUACCACGCCGUGUUCACGAACCCUGGGCGUGAAGACAUGCCCAAGCCGGACGCGACGGCGUGGAAGACGGCCUACGAGUGUCUGGCGCUGCUCGAGGCCAACAAGACGCCCGGCUCCAUCUACGACUUGCUCGUCACGGGCGAGGAAGCGCGGUACUACGCCUGGUCGCUGGCCACUCUCACGCCCUGGGAGCAGCUGCCGGACGAUCCACCCAUGAAGUCAGGGAAGCCCGCGCCGCCGCUUCCCGCGCAGGCGGCGAGAGAGGGCUUCAAGGCGCCCAACAAGCUGUGCGACCUCAUCACGGCCGCCCACCGCCACCGGCACGCCAUUCUGGAGCUCCGAGACGUCGUUCGCGACAGGAGGGAGGGUCUGCACGAGCGGGACCGCUUUGGCAUGGCCAUCCGAGACUGGGACACCCGCGGCGGGCACUGGCGGCUGCAGGUGCUGUUCGCCGUCCUGGUGGAUGUAGAAGUUCGCGUGGGAAUGGGCAAGGACGCAGGAGGCAGCAGCAGCUCGCAGGAGGCGGUGCUCGCGGAAUGGCAGCAAUUCCUGGACCAUCUUGUCGAGCUGGACGUCAUGAACGCGCCGUCUAUCAAGCGUCUGGUCGACGGCAAGAUCCUGACUGCAGCGCUCGGCGUGAAGCCGGGCAAGUGGAUGGGCGCGGCGUUGGACGUGGCGCUGGCGUGGCAGCUGAGGAAUCCAGGGGUGGACGAUCCGGCCGGCGCUAUCGAGGAGGUGCGGCGGAGGAGAGACGAGCUGGGGAUUCGUUGAGGUCGAGCUCUAAGUAGAUAGAUGAACAGGAUACCCAGAUCGUGUUGAAUCGCGCUUGUCAAACCACCUCAGUUCAGGAGGUCGCCGUGUAUUUACUGUGUACUGUACAUACCUUACCUGGACCCUAGAAGGAGGUUUUAGUGGCCGACCCACCAAACUACAGCGGGCUUUCAGCGCCUCCAUGCCCCACGCCCACGCCGCUUACCUACAUGCCUGCUGAUUGCUUGAGUGGCC